UUUCCUAAAGUCACAAUUUCAACCCUCCAAAAAAUGGCAUCACCCGCUCCUCCGCCGACGGUUUUACGCUCUAAUCCACUGAUUCAGCCGGCCAGAACGGCUUGCAUUUCACUGUCGUCCUCCGUCGGCAGAUCGUUGGCCAAUCAGAUGUUGGCAAAGAAGAAGAGGAGGAGCCUGGCGGUGGUUGCAGCAGUCGGCGACGUCUCGGCCGAUGGCACGACGUACCUGAUUGCCGGCGCGGCCGUGGUGGCUCUGGUCGGAACUGCCUUCCCCAUUCUCUUCUCCCGCAAGGACACGUGUCCUGAAUGCGACGGUGCUGGUUUUGUCCGGCAGUCGGCGGCGACGUUGAGAGCCAAUGCCGCGAGGAAGGACCAAUCUCAGAUUGUGUGCCAACGUUGCAAUGGCCUCGGCAAGCUCAACCAAAUCGACAAAUAAACAAAGAGAUUUCCAAGAUUUGUGCUUCUGCUUGUAAUUACCAUCUUCAUGACAAGCCACACUUUCUAGCUGUAAUACUACAACUCUGCUGCUUCCGUCUUCAUUGUUUAAUUUCUCCUGUAUCUCAUGACAUUUGUGAGAACAAUGUUGACUGUUCUAAAUGUUUAAACAUUUAAACUAUUAAGGGAAA